UUUUCAAAUUUUUGUUGUUUUUUUGUUUUGGUUUUAUAAAAACUACAGUUAUUAUUCAAAUAAAUUUUGUGUAAUCAUGACGGCUGGAAUGGUUAGAGUUCCGACGAUUGUGCCGUUACGGCCUCCGUCUAACAGCAGGAAAAAUAUGAUCGAUACGCAGACCCCGAUCGAAAUAUUAUCAGGUAUGCACUGUGGGUCAAUUUAGGCACAAUUUAUCGGGCAUCUGUUUUCGGUUUUAUUGAUUAAGUAAAAUACAUUAUUCAUCCAUCUUUUAAAAUAAAGUAGUAGUGAAUAGUAGUUGUCAUCUGUAAAAGUUUCAACUUUCUAGCACUCUUUUAUUGUAAACCAGAGCAAAAAUUGUUCGCUGUCCGCAAACUGGGCAACCUGCUAUGUAUAAAUUUUAGCGCCAAUUUUGUUUCAUUUAUAAUACAAAAGGCAAAAGUAUAUAUACGUAGCGAUCGUUUUUAGCUAAAUUGAAAGUAUGCAAAACAAACAUUGUAUUUGUGAUUUUACUGUAUUUAUAUAACACAUUUUGAUAGAAUCUAUCAUUUAUCAUCACUAUAUGUUUACAUUGUCAUGGCAACAAAAUUGAGAUUUGUUAGAACUUGAUCACAGAAUAAAGACACACAGAAGGACGACUCAGCCAAAAAAGCAAAACUGCCACACCACGAUUUGCAAUGAUUUGUCAUCAAAAUGCCGAUGCUAUGAUCCUAGUCAGUGUGCAUGCUUAAGAGAGGCAUUCACCCCCCCCCCCGGACAUCCACCAUUUUGAAUAUUAUCUGGUGGGGUGAAUGCCUCUCAUAAGUGCAUUGGCUAGGACCAUGGCAUCAGCAAUUUGAAGAUGAAUUACUGUUACACCAAAAUUAUAGGAAAAACCAAGAAGUCAACCUUCUGUUUGUCUCUAUUCUGUGGCUUGAUGUUUACAUGAUUGUAUCAUUGUCCAUCGAAGGAUGGAGACCUGAACCAAGAUAAAAUCAUUUUCAGUUCUCAUGUGAAUCUUCUAUGUUUUUAAUAAGCUUUUGAAAGUGGUUUCAAUUUGCUCAGUCUAUGCAAACAAUACACUCUUCCGGAAAGUACGUCACCUUGACUACAGAGCCUCAUUUUUGUGUAUGUGACAUAAGUUAAAGUCUAAUGUCUCAAUCACAAAAAUGAAGCUCUAUAGCCAAGGUGAUGCAGUUUCUGGAAGUGGGUACAACAUGACAAAUCACCAAUUCAAUAUUAAUUAUGGAUCCCACCAAACUGACUGGUAUCAUUAGCGUGAAUUUCAGACGGUCACUCUAUGGACUAUGGUAUCAUAUCAAAAAUUUGUAUCACCACCGCUCCCACAAAUGUCUAUAACCACACCCACCCCACAUAUUUUUGCUAGCAUUCAAUGGGUUAAAAUAUGUAAUAUAUAUUAUUUAAGCCAUACCUUAAAAAUAUCACCAUUUAAUAUGUAGAAACUCCUGGUGCCUUAAUCUACUAUACUGUGAAUGGGACAAAACCAAAUCCAUUUCAGAAAAUUGGUGAAAAGUUUACCUACAGAUUUUACAAACCAUUUGUUCUUGGUCCUGGCAAGAGAACAGUAAAAGCAAUGGCAACAUCAAGGUUUGAUUGACAAAGUGUUAUAUAUACUUUGCAUUUGGGUCAAUCAGUCGACUAGGCGGUCAGUUGUUUAUUGGAGUAGAUAGAUAGUCCAAGAAAUUUACCAUUGUGUUUAAAUAGAUGCUUUUAUUAUUAUUAUUAUUACUAUUAUUAAAAAAAAUUAUUAUUAUUAUUAUUAUUAUUAAUAUUAUUAUAAAAAUAAUUAUUAUUAAUAUUAUUAAAAAAAAGCCCAAAAUGAAAAAAAAAACAUAAAAAAAAUUAUUGUUACAUUUUUUCACAGCUUUGUUCUUAUGCUGGCUAUGUUUUUCCUUGGAAGCUGGCUUACAACCAGUAGCCUCAGGUCCCAAAGAUUUUAGCUUUCCAAGCUUCUUCUCAGUAUUCUUGCUGUCCCUAACAAUGCUGUUUUUUGUAGUAGUUCUAUUCUUAUAUGUAUUCCCAAUUUCUCAAUCCACUUAUCCAGAUUAUUACUAACUGCUCCUAAGGCACCUACUAUUAUUGGAAUCACUUCUACUUUUUGCAUUGCCCAUAUUUUCCAAAUUUCCCUUUUCAACUCCUCAUACUUUUCUAUCUUCUCUGUUUCUUUUAUACCAAUUCUAUUAUUAUCAUUAUCAUUAUUAUUGUUAUUAUUAUUAUUAUAUAUAUAUAAUUAUAUAUAUCUAACCAGAAACGCAAGUCAGUGACUCCUCUGGCAGGAAUCGAAAAAGUAAAUGGUCACUAGACUUUCGCUUCUUCUUGGAUAAGCGUCAAUAAUUGGAAUUUCUAUUGGAAAUUGGCCCAAAUGCCGAUUGGAAUUUUUCAUAUGGGUACCUCGGAUCCCCUAUCAAUUGGGUGAGGAACUCAAUAAACAAUAAACAAUUAUAAAUUUUAGUGAUGGAACAAGAGAAAGUUCCAUUGUGACAAAGAUGUUUUUGGUGGAGGAGGCAGUUCAGGAACGUAGACGUAGUGAAGAUGAAAUGUCAGAAGAAUUUCAAGAGAAGCACGAGGUAAUGUACAGUAGCCUGCAUCUAGACACUUCUACAGCGUUAGUAGCCUCUGCACAUCAUCCCCACAUUGUGCAUUCUAUACAUUAAGAAUUAUAAGAAUUUUUUACUUCCUUGGGUCUGACUUCUUGUAUUUUAAACUGGCAACAAGUAUUGAUCUCUUUGCAGUAUACUGCAAAUAUUUCAAACUCUAUGAAAGGUCUGUCGUUGAGCAAAAGUCGAAGCAUGUCCAUGGAGCAGCCUCAAAAUGGUUGGACAAAUCAUGAUGAUGAGAAAAGAUCAGCAAGUGGUGGUUUUAGAAAGUCUAGAGGGGACAGGUGAGAAACUUCAACAUGUAUUACAACAUCACCAUCAUCAUGCAUUGCAUACUCUGAUUAUUACGGACGAGGCAAUUUUUGCUUUAACUUUCAACGCAAUUUCUGAUACAGAGCCAUGAUGUUGUUUAGAAAAUAUUCGCAGAGAAAUUGAGAGCAUACUUUUUAAGUUCAUUUGCCGAUUGAGAAACGUACGAAAUGUUGCCAUAACCAAGUGGUUUAUACGAGCACGUUUUCUUUGAAGAGAUUCUCUUGACAAGUUUUAUUUGUUCGUGUGUAUGUACAGCAAAAAUUUACAUUUUUUUCUUUGACAAGAAGCCUUGUUCAAAAGCUAGUCCGCAUAUACCAGCUUUUGCACAAACAGCUGAAGUGUACGGCCGUCAAGGAAAAGUUAAAAAAGCGCAGUACGUCUCCCAUCUUUGAGGCGCUUGCCAUUAAAUCUCGUUUAUUUUAAAGUGUGGUUUCGGACACACGAGCAAGUAAACUCGUCAAGAAACUUGUCAAGGAAAACAUGCUCUUCUGUACAGGCCGGCUUUAUACUCUCGUUAGUCAGCUAUACGUAACAUACAAAAAAUCUUCCUCUUAGUAAGUAUAAUCUCCUCUAAGUAAGUAUAGAACAAAAUUUUAUGAACUAAACAUUCACUUUUAGAUUUGGCAGACGUGAAGAAGUUCAAUCGCCCGAGGUAAAAUUGUUCAUUUCACACGAAAAAAUUCUCCAAAUGUUGCCUGUGUUUGUCUAAUAUUGUCCACAUUCAGAGGAAAUUACACUUGUUAGACCUCUCAUAGUUGUUAAUUAUUUGUUGAUUAUUGCCUUGUUAGUAUUUGAGCUUACUUUUGGAUCGUUCUCAUGGAGGUUCAUUUCAAGAUAGCCGCGACAGAGGACCGCCCGAGGCAGAAUUUAGCAAGUACGUGACUGAGCCGAAAAUUAUAUAUAAUCUUCCGCUCGGAAUUCCCUUAUGAUACUGUAUAAAUACAGGAAGAAAGUGGAGAACACAUGUCAUGUUUGGUAAAGAGACAAAAUUAUCAAUCAUGAAGCUGCAUAGUGCAGUAAUUAAACCCCACUCACAAAGUUAAAAGGCCAUAAACUACUGCAUGUGCCAUCAACGGAUCUACAAUACAUUGAUUUCUCACUUACUUUGCUUUAGAUGUAUUUACUGUUUUGCUCCUCGGCCAUCGGACCCGUACUCAACAUACUGCAAUGACUGUGGCUCGUUAUUACCUCAACCAUCUUCUACGAGACUGCCUCCACCACAUUCUGAAAAGGUAAAAUUGGUGAAAAUGUGACGUUUACGUUUGAAGCUCAGAAUUGGCCAGAAAGGAAAGGCGACUUAUGCUUUAUUUAUUCUUGAUUGCUCUAUCAGUACCAAACUAUUCUCUCCCUGGAGUUCUGGCAAGGGGUCUCUUCUUGGUCCAGUGUUACUACAGGGUGAAAACAUCUAACAACUGUCCCUGUUCUUCCAAUUUAGCUCGCAUUGUGUAAGAUCUGUCAUUCAAUGGUUCCUCUCAACGCUCCGACGUGUGUAGUUUGUGAAGCGGCAAUGUCACCACAGCGUAUACCAAAGGGAUCACCCAGAUCACUGGUAAUUAGCAAUUAAUUUAGUCUAUUUUUACCGCCACCAUUAAGGAAUUAUUAACCAAUCCGGUGCGUUUAAUCUACCCGAUCAACCAAUCACAUGCAUACUUAGUAAAAUGUGGUGGUAGUGGAAGUUAAGUCUAAACCAGUGAACUCUAUAUAUAUAUAUAUAUAUAUAUAUAUAUAUAUAUAUAUCUGGAACGAUAACAGCGAGCGAAAAGUGAAGCCGACAGAAAAAUCACGACAUAAAGUAUUCGUCACUGUCUUCGUCAUCAACUGUUCAAGAACUUUCUUCAGUAUUAAAAAUCACUUACAUAUAAAAUUUGUAAUUGUUUUGAAAGUUUUUAUCACAGUUUUUAUAUCUUUAUUGACUUUUAUAAACCUGAAGAUGGAGUUAUACUCCGAAACGUAUUUAUUAAAAUAAUUCUUACUAAGCCCAUAUGGUCUAAUUUAUAUUCAAACACACGUACAUAUUCAUUUGCAUUUUGCUGGCAGGCAAAUUCCGAUCACACAAUAAAUUCUUUAAAAAAUAACGUACCAGUGUAUUGACUAAAAACUAUAAAACUGGUAAACUAAAAAACAAUUCAAACAAUCGCGAAAAUGGCAACGGCAAAGUCACAGUUGCAAGUCAAUUUACCUACCUGUGAAAUGAAAUUUUCUCGCAAGAAUAUCUCUUUGACUCUUUCGUUGUGCAUCCAGAACGACAGUACGACACAAUAUAUUUGAAAAAGUGAUUCUUUUCUCCAGACGGCGAAGUUUUCCUGGACUUUUUUCCGACAGCGAACUCAAUGCAGUAAAUUUUAGGAGCAAAACAGUUUGCUCCUACAAUGUAUUGCAUUGAGUUGGCCAUGUUUUUAAUUUUUUUUUUCGUGAUUGCGUUCAAAUUUAUACUGGCCGUGCAACGGUUUGCAGAGGGGGAAUGAAACUGACGUCCAAUCCGCGUAAACCUGACGUUUGAGGGACUGAGACUGACGUCCAAUCCGCGUGAAAGACUGGUAUCGAGGCUUCAUUGUUUUCACAAUCAAAUGACUGAAUGUUAUCGUUCCAGAUAUAUAUAUAUAGAGUUCACUGGUCUAAACUCACUAAUGAUAUGCAUCAUUACGAACUGUAGCCUGCUCGCAGCUUGAAAUUUUGAAGGGAGAAAAUUACCCCUUUUAAAUUUCAGGCUGCGUGCAGGCUAUACGAACUGAUGGAAUACAAAUUGCCUUUUGCUUUUUAGGAUAAGAUAGUGUGCGAUGUCUGUAAAAUUUCCCCCUUUCUAAAUUUCAGGCUGCGAGCAGGCUAUACGAACUGAUGGAAUAUACAAAUUACCUUUUACAUUUUAGGAUAAGCUAGUGUGCGAUGUCUGUGACACUGUGAAUCCAGCAGAUAUGACAAGAUGCAUUGCUUGUGAGAGUCAAUUACCACUUAAGUCCAAGGUAAAGAAAAAAAUGUGAUUGUGCUGUCUAAGGUAAAGCUGCCAGGCGCGAGACUUGAAGAAGAGGGGCCUCAUUUUGAGAGCAGGACUCAGCUUGAGAGUGAACUUGAUAGAGACCACAACAGGAACUGGGUGGGGUCUGUCAGGGCUUUCAGAAUUAUUCUGAGUGGGUGUCUGUUUUGAUAAAGCUGUAGGGAGAGGAGCGGUCUACGAUGUUUCAAAGUCGCCCAAAUUUACUGGUGUAUAUUGAUUAGAUAGCAACGCAACUGAGCUCUGGAACCAAAUUAUAAUGUAUCAUUCUUCAACAAGAUAGCUUCAAUGUUUAAGAUAGUACGUUGCUUUCAAAAAUAAUUAGACAAUAGAGUAGACCAGGUUGAGGAAAAUAACUUUGUUUGAAAGCUUAGAGUGGAGGAAGGAGAAGAAGUGGUAAACCUCGUGGCACCUGCUGGGUUAUUUUGAAAGCCCCGGGUCUGUUCAAUUUUCUGUCCCUCGUAAGUUGGGGAUCAGGCACAAAUCUCCCCUGUCUCUCCCCGCCGGCUGGCAUCGCAAAUGUGUGUUCAUACUUGUAACCGUUAAAAAAGGAGCGGAAAAAAUAGACUUUUUCAAAAUUAUGUUUGCAGCAAGUUCCGUCAAAGGUGUCUGCUCCACCGCUACCCAAAGAAUACGACGCUCUGAUCACGUGUUCAAGCUGUUUCCGUGUGAACAGUGGUGAGGCACGCUUCUGCGAUUGGUGCGGUUCAAAGGUAUGAUUCUUAGUGACUUUGGUCACAGAAUAGAGACUAUACAGAAGCCUGACUCCUUGGUUUUUCCUAUGAUUUUGAAGUAACCGUAAUUCGUCAUCAAAAUGCUGACGCCAUGGUCCUAACCAGUGCGCUCAUGAGAGGCAUUCACCCCCUGAUUAUAUUCAAAAUGGCGGACGUCCAGGGGGGAUGCCUCUCAUAAGCGACCUGGACACACUCAGAGACAAAAACGCAACAUAUAAUGUCUACUUGUUAUUUUAGCCUGUGCCGUACACCAGUUAUUUGACUUGUUCAAGAUGUAAUGGAAAUAACCAACCUUACUCCAAGUUCUGUUCUUCGUGUGCGUGCCAUAUAGAAGCUCCACCGCGGACAAGGUGAGCCAUAAAUUAAAAAAACCUUUUGUCAGUUAAUAUGUUACCCAGUUUAUCAACUAAGUGAAGAGGAUGAUCUGGCGCAUUAAGCUGAAUAGAGAUUCGUACAGGGCAGAAAAAAAUAAUUUUCUUCCUGGGAGCACAACCUGGAGACAGAAUUUCGCGCGGUUGCAGGGAGUGCGAAUUGUUAUUUCAACUGAAAAGUUUGCAAAAAAUUUUAUAUCGGGACUUAAAAUGGGAAAAAGUCUAUUAUUUCUAUGGCUCUUGCCCUUAGUGCGUUAACUUCUGGUGACUGUCAAGUGACCAAGGAUAUACUAGUUAACCCAUUUAAGAGCAUUAUAGUCACAGAAACAUUUAUAGUGUAAACUAGCUUUAAAACAUGUGCAUUGUCGACAUACGUACACAGUAUGUGAGGUGGUAUUUUUUUCCCGCUAAGAUGACGUACACUGUACUUAAUCUCGACCAUCUUUUCUGCAGCAAGAUAGAUUCGGUCCUUGGCACUUUGGUUGAAAAAGGCAGAGUUCGAGAGGUUAGUACAUUAUAACACAUUACACCCUGCCUUUUCUGCCAGGAGGACACAACUUUUCUGGAGACGUGUCAUGUUUUUAAUAGAAAAUAUAUGAGGAUUAUGCAUGUCGAUAUAUUGAGAACAUUUGGAAUUUUUUUUAAAAAAAUGUCGUAAUAGAGAGGUGUUGAAAUAGAUAAUGUUAUUCGUAAUGAUGAGGUCUCUUACUUGAAGAGAUGCCCGGAGGGAGAAGUUUGACCGUAUUACUGAUUUCGACGUGGUGUUUGUUUGGAAAGGCUUUGUAGAUGGAAAUUUCGAGUGUAAAUUUUUAUGUACUAUUUAAAAAACGAGCAGGAGUGUUUUAUUAGGUUUAAAGCCACGAGCGCGCAGCGCGAGUGGCUUUAGACCUAAUAAAACACGACCUGCGAGUUUUUUAAAUGGCUUCAAAAACGUUUGCAUAAUAAGUCAAAUCUUUAUAUAAAAAUCUUUAUAUAAAAAUCUUUAUAUAAAAAUCUUUAUAUAGUUUGCAUAACAAUGGUCUUUUGUUAAAGUGUUCUUUAGCUAGUAUAAAGACGUAUGCACGUGACUAAUUUCUUACUCUAGAUUGGAUAAUUGCUUCAUGAGUUAUUAAUGAGUUUUUGAAAUAUUUAUUUAAACCUAUAAACCAGGAGCAGUUGCGAAAAAUACUGGCCCUCUGGCAGGAAUCGAACCUGCGGCCCUGGGAUUCCGGUGCAGUGCUCUAACCAACGGAUACUCCUCAUGUUUAUUUAGAAACUGAGUUCAAGUAAACUAACAACAUGGAUUCCAGUGGACGUGCCUCGACUGUCUUGCGAGACUACAAAUCAAGCGACUCAGACCGGCGGUUUGUUUUAUCCGUCAAGUACUUCACUUAAUAAGCAACAAAAGAUGGAAGCUGAUGAGAGAGCCAGGGUAGAACAUCUUCGGGAUAGGAAACCGUUGUUGGGCGCUGUGAGUCCGGGCAGAGGUAGGUAGUGCGCAGGUGUAAUGCCCAAACGCAAUAAAUGUUUAAUCAGCAUUCAAUUCAAAGGCUUUCAUAAGGGGGGGGGGGGGGGGGGGGGUUGGCGGUGAUCGAGGAGGGAGCAGUGGUGCCUGCGCUUCUCCUACCCUGGUGUUAGCCACUGCAUCCGAUCUGUAUCUCAGAUUUACAACCACUCGCCUGUCUCGCCAUUGGGUGUACUGUCUUCAACAUUGUUGUAUGAUUCAUGUUUCAGGCUAUUGGCGGCAACAGAUGGAUCAUGUAUGUUCGCAUUUGAGAGCGCAUGCUCAAAAUAACCCAGAGUUCCGAGCCAUGAUCGGAGAACCAAGAAUUGGCAAGGUAAGAGCAUUUAGGUAAUGCUGGUUUAGUUAUGGUACAAUCUUAAGAAGAUUUGGUUAUGCUAAUUUGGUCGUAAACCAUAAAACUGUCUGAUCUGAUGUUUUGUAUUUUCUACCAGCUUGUUGCUACAACGGUGCAUGAAGAUUUUGAAGGAGAAGAAUUGACGUUAACCGUCACCUUUACCCGACGCCAAAAUGUAAGUUUCUAUUUAAGCAUGUUCUUGCUUCAAAUCUUCAACUACAGUACGUUAACAGCCGUGCUGUGGCGGACGGAUUCCAACAUAUACCCAGCCUUCUGUUCAACGCCACAAAUCUUGUUUUUCUGAAACUUUCACAUCUGUAUUAAAUAAUUUUGUGUUUUUAAUUUAAAUCAAGGAUCACACAAGAUCCUUGAUUUAAAUUAUCAAUUAUGAUCCUUGAUUUGCCACAAAUCUUCCUGAACAGUUUCUAAUCGCAAUAGCGUUUUCUGUACAGUAUAUAACCCAGUUCCAUGAUCAAUUCUAUAAUCUCAUGAAUUCGGAUGUGUUUCUAAAAUUUCACUUUUUAAAAUUUAGGACAAUGUACAUAGUAAAUCAAACCUCUCCAACAAAGGUAAUGUCAUAUUAUUCAUGCAAUAGAAUGCUACACGACUGUCAAUUUAGAAAAUUUGUGUGAUGAAAAUUCUGACCAUGCAUCGGCCAUCGGUACUCAGGCUUUUUAAAUAUGGAUGUAUUUUUACUUAGAUACCUCCAGCACACGGAUUGGAAAAAAACUUGAUCUAGAAGCGAGCUCAAGUAGCGUUGGUAUGUUUUCCUAUUGAACGUAUAGCUACAAUCUUGGACAGAACCUUUGAGACCAUUCCUGCCUAUUGUUCCAAAGUUAAUACACAUUACCAAAACAAGCUUUAUCACUCCCUCUCCUGGGGUUCAAUGUUGUAAACAGCGGCGAAACAACUUUCUGUAAUUUAUCAUGGUAUAAGCUCAACAAUGAUUUUUUUUUUUGGGGGGGGGGAGCGAGGGUUUAAGAAGCGAAACAUGAUUUAACAUGGAAUUAAUCAAGUCUCAACCAGUUAUGUCCAAUAUUGUGUGGAAAAAAAUAUCGAUUGGAAAAAAUAUUUCCAGUUGACUUUAACAGUUUUUUUCUGCUUUCUUCAAACAGGUAGCUCUGGAAGUCAAGGCAAAAAGAAAAUAACAAAACGAAAUACAAAAAAGAAACCGGCUGUAAAUAAAUCAAAGGAAACUGUUUUAUCGGUAGUUGAACUUGCUCCUGUUUGUUUCAUAUUGAUAAAUUGUUCUGUUUGCUCGUAACGUAACUGUGGUAUUUUCAUGUUUUCAUUAAAAGUUGAUUUUUCACAGAGCGAAACGCGGUCACUGUUUAAAGAACUCAGCAAGUCUGGGGAAGGCAGCCCAGAAGAAAUUGAACGUCUUAUAAGCGAGGUAGAUUGUCAUGUUUUGGAUGACGUCGUCUUAUUGUAACUCAAUUGUAAGUUGCCGUGGUUUGUGGACCACCCAAAGGAGCACGCUGGAAAUAACUUAAUAUUGGAACUUUCCUCCGCACCUUGUCACUUCGCCCCCCCCUUUCAGAGCCCCCACCCCCUCCCUUGUUAGCGUUCCUGUGACCUUAUAGCGCUGUAAAUUGUGACUAUAACCUUUGUGAAACACCUGCUGACGGUUCAAGUUCAAUGAUGAACAUCACGUAAUCUUUCGUGUAUUUCCAGGGUGCUGACGUGAACGCAGAAAAUGCUGAUGGUGUCACAGUUCUGAUCAUGGCGGUUCUUCAUAAUCACAUUGAUUGUAUUCCCUUGUUAGUAAACGAAGGAGCUGAACUGAAUCAUCAGUCCGCGAGGUAUAUUGAGAACUUUUAGAUGACUACGAGUUGUUUUCUAGCCUGAGCCACAAGCAUUUAAGGAAAGGAAAAUAUGGCCUAAUACUUAGGCUAGCCCUUUUUCAUAACAUUUAGCAUCAGAAUAGUGCAACUAAGUCACGAUUCAGUGAUCGAAAUGUUCCAUUGACAUUGCUGUUUCAUUGUUUUGAAAAUCCCACUGUUCGCCAUGCCAUCCACUCAUGCAUCCAUCGUUUUGAUUUAUAUAUUUGCAUUUAGUCAAGGUUUAGUCGAAGUCGAUGAGGAGACAGAACCAUCUUUGCUCAGCCCCAACUUUUUACUUGUGGACCUAAUAGGCUUCGUAUGUUUAUAUACCCGUUGUCACCAAAUUUACUUUUUCGUGUAACUCACUUACCUAUAGUAAUUAUACAAUCUGUUCUUAAUGUAUAAGCAUGGAAUGGAACAAAGGUAACCAAGCAUUUCAGAUAAAUACAGGGUGAGUAAAAAAAAAAUUGACACCUUUGUUAUUCAAAUUAGCCGCGAAGGUACCAGUUUUUAUGUCAUGAAUUGGCCUUUGCGUAAGUCAGAACAAUGGGUGGAUACGGGGUUUUCAAAACAGUGACAAUGGAACAUUGCGAUCACUGAAUUGUAACUAGAUGGUACUCUAGUAUAACUAGUUUACGUUUAUCAAUCUUUCUUUAUUCCAGCAAAGGCAACACGGCUCUACACGAGGCCGUUCUACAAGGUUCCAAUGCACGACAAUGUAUUGACGUUCUUUUGGGGUAAGAAAAACAUAGCCAAUGCUUGUUCAUAACGUUGCUAUCCUUUCGCCCAACUUUAGAAUAGGCAAAUUUAGAGUCUCGACUGCAAUUUUUCAAAAAAACUGCUCCAAAGUCUCUCGAAUUGGGCUCAUUCUAUCCAGUCUGUUACGAGAUGAUUUUAUUUUUGAUUGGGUCUAUCCAAUCUGUUACGAGAUCAGUUUCAUUCUCAAUUGCUUCUAUCCAAUCUAUCGCGAGAUCAUUUUCAAUUGCGUCUAUCCAAUCUGUGACGAGAUCAUUUUCAAUUGGGUCUAUGUCUACCAGUCUAUUAUGAGAUCAUUUCAUGAGGCGAAACAUUUCGACAGCGUAUUUUUUCUUGCAAGUGGGAAUUGAAAUUUGCAUAAGGAAGCUAAUCGAGCCAUGUCUUUUUCAUUCAGGUGUGGCGCAGACACAAAGUUAACGAACAAAGCCGGUGAAUCCGCGUACGAUUUGGCAGUGAAAUCUGGCAACGAGAGUAUUAUUGAAAAAUUUACCACAAAUCUUGGGCAGGAAUUGCUUCAAAAAUUAACAAAGACAAAAACACCAUCCUAGGCUUAAGAUGACUUUUACAAGAGUGUGGUCAAGCUGGGUAUGGAAUGUAAAUAGCUAAUAAAAUGUGUACAAUUUCUGGUUGCUCAACAAAGAACGGUUCAAUAAUUGAUAGACGGUCUACCGUCAUUUUAAAAGCAAUUAAUGCAUGGCGGGCAACCAACCACAAGGUCUUCAUGGCCGCAGAAAUGCAAUCAAUGAUCACUAAAAAAGCCAUGUAACACGAGACAAUUUUUGCAGCAAAUACAAUGCGGUUUCAGACAUAAAAUGCUACAGUGGAAUGUGCUUGUUGCUUCAUGAGUAUGCUGAUAAAGGUAGUCACUACACUGCAAAAAUUUUGACUAAAAAAUUUGAG